GAACAUGAGUCCCAAUCGGACAGCCUGGCUCGACAACUCCGCGUCGCCUCUACUAAGGCUGCCUCCAGAGCUUCGCACGCACCUGUGGUCGUUGCUUCUGGUGCGGCCGCGCACAAAGUUCCGGUAUGCGACGUCCCAGUUCAGUCCCGAGAAGCGCAAUACAUAUUUUCGGACGCUUUUGUCCAUCAUGCUUCUUUGCCAUCAGAUCCGCGACGAGGCCAUGACGAUAUUCUUGAAGCACAACCACAUCGUCUUGUACCGACUAUGCAAGCCUCAACUCCCUCAAAGACUGCGGCUGGAUGACCAUUGGUUUACCAUGUCCCCUGCCCCGAUCCGUUACCUGUCCCUGAAAGGCCAUGACAUAUUCGAAACCCCCAAGCUGAUUGCAAGCUGCUCAGAGCUUCGCUUUCUUUCUAUAAGCUGGCUAGCUCUCUCCGCAUGUUAUGACGCGGCCGCCGAGCGAUGCAAGGAUGCGUGGAUUCUGCAAUACCAGACAAAUCUAGCCAGGCUGCUCGGCCGUCAUGACGGCAGGAUACGCAUCCAAGAAAACGAGACGGACUGUGAAGCAUUUGAGCUGCUCGGCUGUGGCAAGCCUGUGGAUACCGAUGAGGUCAUUGCACUCAUCGACGAGUCGAGGGAAAAAUGUCGAGCAGUGGUACAUUUCUCACAGCAGAAGGCAAAAGUGGAAGGUGGAGAAGAGGCGCUGGGAUCGUGGAUUGUCAGAGUCAGCUUUACAACCGGCGGAGUGGUUACUGUGCGUCUGAUUAGGAGAACAGAUGACAGUGGAGUGUAAUUUUUUUUUAAGCUGGGCCUCGUAGCUGAGUUCCAACGCUCGUGAAUUCACUACCUCACGCGUUGUUUGAUAUGUACACAUAUAUACACCCCACGACGGUUCAAGGACAUCCGCAGAGCAAGAUGAGGAAGACGCUGAUUCCGUAGAUCUAGAAACUCCAUUUUCACCAUCCUUUGUUGAAUCGCCACUUGACCCUAAGAGAAAGAGGGUCGCAUACUACAUCUCGAAGCACUUCGCAUCCAACACGCGCAUGAAUGAACCCAAUGUCGAGAAUGACGAGACUUUUGACCGGACGAAAGAAUAGAGAACUCGUACAGGGAGCGAAAAGCUUCGGGAAGCUGUUGGAGAUGACGAGAACAAAGUUAGCCCGCCUUUUGGAGAUCGAAUUAG